UUAUUGUUAUUAUUAUUAUUAUUAUUAUUAUUAUUAUUAUUAUUAUUAUUAUGGCUACAAUAUUUUUAAUAUAUGGUUCUUGUUCUUUACUUAUGCCAAGGCUUUUAACUUACGAAACUGCCGCUCCUUUUUUUAUUUAACUUUGCUUUACUUUACCAAGACCGUUUAUGCCGUCGUGAUCAUCCUGCGUCAUUUUCUGUUCUUUUUCUUCCAAUUUCCGAGUUUUUUUAAUUCUUCUAUUUCUGGGGGCUAUGCUCUUUGUACCAUACUUUUGAGGGUAAAAAAAAUAUGUUGUGUUGGUAGAGUAACGGGGAAAAAAGAUGUUGGUAGAGUAACGGGGAAAAAAGAGGGUCUUUGCCAUGGCUCCAGCUGGGAAGCUUUCUGGGUUUCGUCGAGAAGGCAGUGACUGGUUCUGCAAUGGUGGACUGCCAAGUGAUCUCACUGUUUCCAUCGAGGGUGUCACUUUCCAUCUUCAUAAGUUCCCUCUUGUAUCAAAAUGUGGAAAAAUUGCUAGAGCACUUGAAGAGUCCAAGAAUACUGAUAACAAGACUCUGACAAUGGUGCUUGAAGAAUUUCCUGGUGGUCGUGACGCUUUCUUAAUUGCAGCCAAAUUCUGUUACGGGUCUCGUGUGGAACUGACAGCCAGAAAUGUAAUAUUGGUCCACUGCGCUGCAGAAUACCUUGAAAUGACAGAUGAAUUUGGAGAAGGUAACUUGUUGUCAAGAUCAGAGAGUUUUUUCCAUAAAAACACACUGCGCAAUUGGAAAGAUUGCAUAUUGGCUCUCCAAAGUUCUGAGCCUGUUCUACCAAGAGCCGAAAAGCUUCAUUUGGUGGGCAAGUGUUUGAAUGCUCUAUCUAUGAUGGUUUGCACGGACCCAAGUCUGUUUGGAUGGCCCAUGAUGAUGUAUGGUAGUUUUCAAAGCCCUGGUGGAAGCAUUCUUUGGAAUGGUAUAAACACUGGUGCUAGAAUCCGGAGCUCAGAAUCCGAUUGGUGGUUUGAAGAUAUCUCAUAUCUCAGCGUGAGUUUGUUUGAGAGGCUUAUAAAGACAAUGCAAGCGAGAGGUAUAAGACCUGAAAGCCUUGCUGGUGCCAUAAUGUACUAUUCUAGGAAGCACUUGCCGGGUUUGGGCCGGUGGCAGGGUGGACAAGGUGGCAAGACAAGAACAGUUGCGAGUUUCAGCUUGACGCCUGCCACCAUUGAUCAGAGGGUUCUGUUGGAAAGCAUUGAGAAACUUCUUCCUGACAAGAAGGGAAAAUCUUAUUGUCGUUUCCUGCUGGGACUUCUUCGUGUCUCUUUGAUAUUGAAUGUCAGUCAAACUUGCAAGGAUUCUUUAGAGAGGAGAAUAGGGAUGCAAUUGGAACUUGCAACAUUGGAUAGUCUUUUGAUUCCUACUUAUUCAGAUUCUGAUGCAUUAUAUAACACCGACUGUAUUGAACAGAUAGUCCAUUACUUUAUAUCUACAGAAUCAAAUUUAACUUCCUUUUCUCCUUCAUCGCGUGACCUGCAAGCAUCAGCAUCGCCAUCAUCUGAAUCAUCAAGGAAAGUUGCCAAGUUGAUAGAUAGUUACAUUGCAGAAAUUGCUUCUGAUGUUAAUCUAAAACCGGAAAAGAUACGCCGACUUGCAGAGGCUCUCCCCGAAUCAUCAAGAUUAUUGCAUGAUGGGCUUUACAGGGCACUGGACAUAUAUUUCAAGGCUCAUCCUUGGCUCUCUGAUAGAGAGAAGGAAGAACUAUGCAACAUCAUUGACUACCAGAAACUCUCAAUCCAUGCUUGUGCUCAUGCAUCACAAAAUGAUAGGUUACCCCUCAGAGUUGUUCUUCAAGUGCUGUUCUUUGAACAACUGCAUUUGAGAACAGCAUUAGCUGGAUGUCUCAAUGCAUUGGAUGGCGAAAUCGCUCCGGCAGCUGCUCCUGUUCCUAUAACUGCCCUAGGCGAUAUGGCAGGCGAAAUUGUACAAAGGGAUGGAUGGGUGACCGUUGUGCGCGAAAAUCAGGUCUUAAAGGUGGAUAUGGAUAGGAUGAGUUCUAGAGUUGGAGAACUUGAAGAAGAGUUCAGUAAAAUAAAGCAAGAAAUGAAAACUGUGACCAAAUCUCACAGUUCCCGAAGCUCGCCUCGGUUGGUUGCCAGGAAAAUAGGGUGUAAGCUUGUCCCCCGACCUUCGGAUGCUCAACCAGAAUCCCUCAACCGCACCGGAUCCACACCGAGAGCGUCCAUAGAGCGGGCACGGCGUUCCCAUAAGUCCAAACUCUCAGAAAGUUUUACUUGAGUAUCAAGAAACCAGAGUCCCUCUUUAUUCAUAUAUACAUAUAGCAGUGUUGUGUGGUUUUAAAUUUUUUGUACGAGGGAAAGGGAAGGAAAAUGUUUCUUAAUGUAUUAUUCCUUUUUUAUUUCACCAGUUUGCAUAUGUGAACAUUUUCCAUUUCUUUCCCUCGUGUAAAGUUUGUUGUACACUUGUGUAGGCAAUUUCACAAAUUGUCCUGUUUGUUCGAGGAAUAGCUUCUGUAUUUAUCAUCCGUAUAAAUUUAUUCUUCAUUUGGAGA